AUGGAGCAAGGAGCUAUGGAGGGUGCGGUGACCACGGAACGAGAGCAUCACACACGCGUAGCCCUCGCUGAGAUUACAGCACGGCUUACAAACACUAGAGACAUGUCUACUACCCUGCCUUCUGGAUACCUCAGUCGAAAAAUUUGCCCGACAACAUGUUCCCCGGAUAUGGAAUUCAAACGUAACUCUUCGUUUCAUUCAUUAGUACGUACACCACCUAAAACCUCCGGUCGGGUCUCGCCUCCAAAACUGGGUGCCACCUUGCGAUCUACGCUGAGAAAGCGGCUAUUAUUAGACUGA